UCAUGCUGCUGCCAGGUCCAGAGUCUCUCAUGGGUCCCUGUACGGCCUCCCAUUGCUGCUGUCUCCAUCGCCACACUCUGCCAUGUGCCACUUUCAGGUCUCCUCACACUGCUGGUGUGUUCCAUUUUUUGUCAUAGGGUGCUGGCAGAUUACGGGCCUCCCAUAGCUGCUGCCAGGCCCCUAAUCUGCCAUGGGCCCCUGUACCGCCUCCUCAUGCUGCUGCCAGGUCCACAGUGUCUCAUGGGUCCCUGUAUGGCCUCCCAUUGCUGCUGUCUCCAUCGCCACACUCUGCCAUGUGCCACUUUCAGGUCUCCUCUCACACUGCUGGUGUGUUCCAUUUUUUGU